CAGGUGGUAGUAGGAUCUGCAAUCUACUCUGCGAGAACAAAUUAUGCUUUGCAUUUAUGUCAUGAUCUGUUGACAGUUGUGACUGGUGUUGUAGCGACCAACUGGGUUUACAGAACAGCAAAUAUACAACAAAUGUACUAACGUUAGUAUUUUAGAUUAGUUUACAGUCACUAGGCAGAGUGGCACCUUUUCAAUGAGGUACGGUCAGAGAUUAAUAGAUCCAUCUGUGUUAAGGUGCUCCUAACAGUAUACGCGGAUGAAGACAGUUUGUCGGUCGGAAAGGUUGGAUAUUGGGUUAUUAAAUGACUGAGUCUGCGCUAGAGUGUGCAGCUCUCCUUUUCUUUUUCAAAGGUCCUCCUAACAACCAUUGCAAAGCUACGUUCGAUCUGUAUCAGAUCAGCGUCAAAUUCUGUGAAUAUGUGAAUGUAGGCCACUUGGCCAAUAAAAGUUGUUUUGAUUCUGAUAGACAGUAGUUUUACUUCGAAUGUCCUAGUCUCUUCCCAUAUCCCAUACAAUCACACGUCAGUGGCCCAGGAAGCGUGGGAGAAAGAUAACCCAAUGUUUUCUCAAUAAAAAACAGGUGUAUUGGCAAGAACCUAGUUAUUUUGUAUAUUUUAUGAAAUAGGAAUAACUCUGAAUACACGAUACAUUUAUUUUUCAAAUUAUUUUUCAACAUUUUGGUGUGUGUGAUUUGUUGGCUAUUUAUGCUGGUAACGCGUAGAUAGGCGCAUCAUAAUUUGGUUUAUGACAUCACAAUGUGAAAUAGGCAACAUAUUUUGAUGUUCUGCAAACUAAGGCAUAGUCUACAAAUACACUGAAAUGGGAUGUUUGUGUUGCUGUAAAAAGGUAUAUGUCUAUUCUGUGCUAGAAUUUGUCUAAUUCUGUUACAAUUUAGAGUAUAUUCUAUUCUUUUCAGCUAUUCCUAGUUGUUUCAUUGUCUAUUUAUGUGUCCCAAAUGGCAGAAUUUGGGACAGAGGGUAUAACUGUAUGGUUACAAUGGUUUUAUUUUUCUAAACAUGUAUAUUUACUAUUUGUUAGCCUAUGAUACAGAAUUCAAUAUGAUUGGGCGACGAGUUCUUUAUUUUAUGGUCAGAUCAUGUGGUUUGGGUGUGACAUUUGCUGCUAGUUCAAAUAUAACAUAUAUAAUGUUUCUCCAAACAGAAAAAGAAGUGCAGAGUUCGCCUCGGGAUUGGGAGCCGCUGUCCAUCGCCGUUCCCAAUCCCACCCAAACUGACGUCAUUGGAUGCCAGCAUGGUAACUGCGUCAGUUUGGAAAAACCGGGAGAAGAAGAACGUAAAGGAUCACCACCAACUUGAUUCUUCCUUUGUCUCUUCUUUCCACUUGAAACCGUCUACAACAUCUCUGACGCCCCUCGACCCCUUAUCUGGCCGAACACCAAUCGGCACUCCAUCCCCCUCACCCCCCUCACCCUCUGGAUCCCCUGCCAGAUCCCCUUCCACUCGCUCCAAGUUCUUCGGCCUCUCUUCUCCCUCCUCUCUCCACAUGUCAUCUCUCUCUUCUUCUUCUUCAGAGGAGGAAGGAUCACAGACCUCCUCCCCUUUUAGUGCUUCUUCUGUUUCCCUGGCUGUCUCAACUCAGUUUUCCUCCUCCUCCCCUGGCCCCCAGUCCUCCUCUCCAAACCCCCUGGACCACCAUGGAGAGACCAACAAAGACAGUGAGACUGCCAGAGAUCUUAUGAGCUCUGAGGUCAAAGAGGUGGGGGCAGUUGUUCCACAGACAAAGAGAAUGAUACCCCUAUUUGCUGGCAUCGCAGAGGCCUCCAUUGACCUGAAGGGUUCCUCUGUCUCCUUGGAGAGGCCAUUGGUCAGGUCUCGGGAAGCCAUGGCUCGCCUCCCCAACCUGUUCAGCAAGAGUAGCACCCAGCUGGGGGAGCAGAGCUGCACAGGCGAGGGCGAAGACAACACCAAGCUCCUCGGGUUGCCUAAUAUUGGCAACACCUGCUUCAUGAACUCUGCUCUGCAGUGCCUGCUGGGGCUGCCAGCAUUUUGCAGAGACAUCCUGAGACAGCAGAACAUCUGGAGUUCCUCCCCCUCCUCUAAACUGCUAUGCUGCUUUGCCGAGUUACAUCAGGCCAGGCUUUCUGGAGGCACUGUUAAUGCUAAGAACAAGGAAAAUAAGAAAAUCCUUCAAACAGUCAAGCGCUGCCUAUCCGUUGUCAAUGAGGACUAUGAGGAAGACUAUGAACAGGAUGCCCAUGAAUGUGUGUUGCUCCUCCUCUUUCAGCUGAAGGAGGAGGGUAUGGCAUUAAAGGGCUCACCAGAGCCAUACACCUGCCCCGUGAAGCAGUUAGAAUUCAAGCUGAAGACUUCCCGUACCUGCACCAGCUGUGGAGUUAUAGUGUAUGGUCAGGAGGAUUAUAAUCACCUGUCACUGAGCCUGAGCCAUUACCUGCCACACAGCCUGGACCUCUACUUUAAGCCAUCUGCGUUAGAGUGUGCAUGCAGGGUGUGCUCAGGCAGCUCAGCAUCUGUGACUAGGCACUUCCUCACGCUGCCCCGGGUCCUAAUGCUUCAUAUCAAGCGAUUUACUGCAGGCGACUGGGAGCCAGAGAAGUUGGAUGAUCCCAUGUCCAUCCCUGCAGAAAUAACCCUCCCAGCCGUAUGUGGGAAGACAGCCCAUGUCCAGUAUGGAGCCAGGGCAAGCUCCCUGGGGAGAAACAACAUGGACAACACACCUGCAAACUCCCCGAAAGGCACCCUUGAUAGACCAGCUUCAAAUUCCUCUGACCAGCUAGAGAAACCAGCUGACAGUGAGAAAAAGCAGCAGGCAGCCGCUGUGAGACACCAGCCAGACAAUAUCUACAAAUUGUCAAGUGUGAUCUCACAUCUGGGAGACAACAUGUAUACAGGCCACUACAUCAGUGAUGUUUUGGACAGCCGUGGCAGUGGGUGGCUCUGCCUGGAUGACGCACAUGUCUUGAGGACAGAUGAGGCCACUGUGCUGAAGGAGAUUGCACAGACUGCCUACAUCCUGUUCUAUGUCUGCAGUGGAGCAGGUGAAGGAGACCAGGCCCCUCACUACCAGGAGAAGGACCAGGAGAACCCAUCAUUAAACUCAGGGAGCGGCACAGCGCUCAGGGACCACCUGGAGUAGCACCUACCACACACCAAGAAACCUCAGAUUAAUCGAAUUAGGCUGCCCUACACCACCAUCAACUGCCUUAGACCACCAUCAAGCUGCCCUAGACCACCAUCAGACUGCCCUACUCCACCAUCAAGCUGCCCUACUCCACCAUCAAGCUGCCCUAGACCCCCAUCAAGCUGCCCUAGACCCCCAUCAAGCUGCCCUAGACCCCCAUCAAGCUGCCCUAGACCACCAUCAAGCUGCCCUAGACCACCAUCAAGCUGCCCUAGACCACCAUCAAGCUGCCCUAGACCACCAUCAGACUAUCCUAGACCAUUAGGACAUCACGCUGGCCUAAACCACCUAGACACCAAGCUGCCCUAGAACACCAGGCUGCCCUAGACCACCUGGACAUCAGGGUGCCCUAGACCACCAGGCUGCCCUAGACCACCAGAAGAAACAGCCUACACCACAAAGCAUGUACCCACUCUAGGCCAUCUACUGUAUGUUUACAAUUAUAUAAAUAUAAAACA